AUGCCUGAAGUAGAUUACUUACCUCCAGUAGAUUACUUACCUCCAGUAGAUUACUUACCUCCAGUAGAUUACUUACCUCCAGUAGAUUACUUACCUCCAGUAGAUUACUUACCUCCAGUAGAUUACUUACCUCCAGUAGAUUACUUACCUCCAGUAGAUUACUUACCUCCAGUAGAUUACUUACCUCCAGUAGAUUACUUACCUCCAGUAGAUUACUUACCUCCAGUAGAUUACUUACCUCCAGUAGAUUACUUACCUCCAGUAGAUUACUUACCUCCAGUAGAUUACUUACCUCCAGUAGAUUACUUACCUCCAGUAGAUUACUUACCUCCAGUAGAUUACUUACCUCCAGUAGAUUACUUACCUCCAGUAGAUUACUUACCUCCAGUAGAUUACUUACCUCCAGUAGAUUACUUACCUCCAGUAGAUUACUUACCUCCAGUAGAUUACUUACCUCCAGUAGAUUACUUACCUCCAGUAGAUUACUUACCUCCAGUAGAUUACUUACCUCCAGUAGAUUACUUACCUCCAGUAGAUUACUUACCUCCAGUAGAUUACUUACCUCCAGUAGAUUACUUACCUCCAGCAGAUUACUUACCUCCAGCAGAUUACUUACCUCCAGCAGAUUACUUACCUCCAGCAGAUUACUUACCUCCAGCAGAUUACUUACCUCCAGUGAAGCCGACCAUGUCUGCAGUUGAGAUCGUAUAUCUUCCUGGUCUUCUUCCUCCACCGCAUCAUGUAAUUGUAUUGAGAUAA